AUGACCAGAGUGGAUGAUACGGCUGGACCUCAUCCAGAGCUUGGAGAGACUGGCCAGAAUAUUGCACCAGCAAAAGCAAUUGUCGCAGAGCCGGAUAUCGAACUAGCCAGGAAUCCACCAGUAGUGCAACAAGAAGAAGCAAGUAGGGCUACAACAAUAUCUGAACAACGGUCCAACUAG